AGUAGGAUUGGAAACGACUGUUUUGAUUUUUUGCAUUCCUUGUGUGGGGUAAAGAAAUACAUACUGACUGAACUGAAUAGACUACCCAACUCUCAUUCGACUGAAAAUGUCUAAACUACAGUUGUUGAGUGUGUUUUUAAAUGAGCGUUUAACGGCGGCUGCUAUGGAGAUUUUCGGUGCAGUUGAGAAAACGGUAGUGGAGUACCAGGAGGAGAAUGAUCGGCUACGGAGACUGCUGGGGAUCACACCAGAGAUACGACAACGUAAAAUAGAAUCCCUGCAGCUCUCUGUCUCUGAAGAGGAGGUUCCCCCUGAGCAGCAGCACUGUGAGCAGGAAUGGAGCCCCAGUCUGGGGCAGGAGGACCCAGAGACCACACAGAUUAAAGAGAAACAGGAGGAACUCAGGACCAGUCAGGAGGAAGAGCAGCUUCAAGGUCUGGAGCCUGAUAUCAUAGAAUUCAAAUUCACUCCUUCCUGUGUGAAAAGGGAAUGUGAUCCGGAGGACCCACUUUGGUCCUUGACUCUUCCCCAAAUCCAGACUGUGGAGAACAGAGAGAGUGACUGUAAACGAGUGGAUUUCACACGUUUUGGCACUGUGACCCGCAUUAAGGGUCUCAACAUUCCCUGUUACCCUCCAGAUAAUCAAAACAAUGCCUCCAGCCACAGUUCAGCUGUAAGCAGCGACACAGUAGGACUUGACAGCAGCCCACCAUUUGAGCCUAGCCCAUCAUUGGAUCCAAACCCACCAAUGGGGGAACACUAUUCCAAACUCAGCACCACGUCUAUAAAAACUCACCACUGCCGUGACUGUGGUGAAAUGUUUCCUCUGAAAGCUGACCUGCAGAGACACGUGACUUUUGCCAAGAAGAGAGUCAGCGAAUGCCACUUAUGCAAAAAACUCUAUAACUCCACCUGUAAACUGAAGGCCCAUGUCCAACUCUGUCAUGGUGGUAAACCCUGCACUUGCCCCUUUUGUGGAAAGGCCUUCAAACAAAAAGGACAUCUGUCCAGGCACAUGAAUAUUCACACAGGAGAGAAACCAUUUACCUGUGGUGACUGUGGGAAGAGCUUUAUUCAGAAGGGGGACCUAAGGAGACACAUACUGACUCACACAGGAGAGAAACCAUUUAGCUGUGGUGACUGUGGUAAAGGCUUCAUUCGCAAAGAGCACCUAACUGCACAUGUACGGACUCACACAGGAGAGUAAUCAUAUGGCUGCUCAGUCAGAGGUAAAAGAUUAAUUCAGAGGGUAAAUGUGCUGACGCACGUAAGAUACAUCCACAUAGAAAGAAAAUAUGAUGAAAACACAAAAAAGAAAGACAGUUAGGACAAAGAUCUCCUGUCAGGAGAUGGGAAUAAAAAGGCAGGAUGUGAACAAUACUCUUAGGACAGCAAAGAAAGACAGGACAAAGAUCUAUCAGAAGAUGGGAAUAAAAGUGGAGGAUGUGAACAACACUCUUAGAAAAGCAAAGCUACUCUGGAUCAUUCCUGCUGUGGGUUUCAGAUAAAUAGAUACAUGAUGGAUUUACUUCAGUAAAAUGUUUUGUGUAAAUAAAGUUGGAUUUGAAUUAAAAGUUUAGGAAAUUAAAUAACAGUAGUGUCUGUAUUUUGUUCAACGUCUGUUGAUGUUUCCACGUAAUUAGAAACAGGGAUAUCUGGUGAUGACAGAAUGUUCUGACUGAUGUUAUUGAUUUAUUUUUUUUAAAUGCAUUAAUUCCAUAAGUUAUCUCCUUCCGUCUGUCCAUGAGUGUUUCUCAUCCAUUCUGACCCAAUAUUGCUCAUUCAUGAUAUUAUUUGAAAUUGUAACUUCUGGGAAGUAGUGAUAGUAGUGAUAGUAGUGAUAGUAGGGAUAGUAGUGAUAGUCAACUCCUCAUAAGUGCACUGCAGUGUUUUUCCUUUCCCAAUUCAAUAACACAUACACUACCGUUCAAACGUUUGGGGUCACU